UUGGGUGGCUGCGUGAUUAUUUGCUGGGUUCUUCUGGCAUCCCUCUGUCUGUAUGCGCUGUCCCGAUCGGGUAGUGAUGGGUGCUGCUGCCGCCCUGUUUGUGUUAUGAGCAGUUUAGGCUCAGCGCCGGGUGAUUGCCGCUGUUUUGGGUCCCGGGAUUUUUAGCCACGGAAUGCCCCCAUCUCACUAGUGACUGUGCCGUGUUGUGCGGCUCCCCAUGUAACCUCUCUGAACUGCAGUACCCUGGCAGCAGCGGGUAACAUGCAGCCUCCCGUCUCCGGCCUCUUCGUAGACUCUGAAUUCCCGGCCGGGAUCUCCUCAUUAGUCGGUGCUGGGGACACCCCCCUUGCACCACUAUGUGACCGCAUUACAUGGCUCAGACCCCAGGAGAUCUGUACAUCUCCACAUCUGUUCCCAGACAAUCCAAGACACGGUUUGGGAAAGCAGGGGCUACUGGGUGAUUGCUGGUUUAUCUGUGCAUGCUCUGCUCUGCAGCAGUCUGAUGAGCUGCUUCAUCAGGUUUUUCCUGCUGGUCAGUGUACCUGGAAUGAUCCUGGUUACUCGGGCUGCUUCACCUGCCGGUUUUGGAGAUUUGGACGCUGGGUGGAGGUGACCAUUGAUGACUGUUUGCCUUGCUUGGGGCACAAGCUUUGCUUCUCCCAUUGUCAAGAUGAGGGAGCUUUUUGGCUUCCACUCUUGGAAAAAGCCUAUGCCAAGUUACAUGGCUGCUAUGAGGCCCUCUGGGCUGGUCAGGUGGUUGAUGCUUUGGUGGAUCUGACGGGCAGUUUGGUGGAGAGAUGGUCCUUUGAUGUGGCAGAGGAGAGUGUUGGGGAAAAAAUGCUCAGCAGGAUGUUGGAUUUGAAGGCGAGAUGUGCAAUGAGCUGUACUGUCCUCCACCGUAAAGAAGGUGCUGAAGAUUUAGGUGAAUUUCAUGCCUUCACUAUAACAGACCUCCAACGUGCAGUUACAGUGUUUGGCCAAGAGCUGCUUUUGCUUCGUGUGCACAAUCCCUGGGGCCGAAGCUGUUGGGGAGGAUCCUGGGAGAAAAGUAGUGAAAGAUGGACUUUGAUAGAUGAGACAGAAAGUUCACUGUUUCGGUCUCAAAUCCAGGAUGGAGAAUUCUGGGUGGAAAAAGAAGAAUUCUUGCGGGAGUUCAAUGAGGUUACUGUGGCAUUUCCAGUGAAUGAGAAAGAACACAUACAAAGUUUCUGGACUGGCUGCCCUCUGCUUCACUCACAACAGAUUUAUGGUUCUUGGCUUAAGGGACAGAACGCAGGUGGAUCGCGUAACAAUGUCAGCUUUCCUGAUAACCCAAAGUUCUGGUUGCACAUUAGGAAGCAAAGUGAAGUGUAUUUAGCACUUCUGCAAAGGCAGCGAAGUGACACUGGAGUCACCAAAUCCUUGCACAGCAGUUGGUCAAGAAAAGUGAGCGCAAAUAGUACUGCUCUGCAUGCUGUAGGACUCCAUGUCUGGAAGGUGAAAAAACAUCGAUUUAACCUGCAGAAGACUAUUUUGUCAACCCCUGUUGUUGGGACCGCCUCACACUGCUAUGACCGACAGCUACAUCUGCGCUGUGAUCUAUCACCAGGAUAUUACCUGCUCAUCCCCAGUACCUUUCAUAAGGAUACAGCAGGGGAUUUCUUACUACGUGUCCUGUCUAAUGGCCCCAUCGUGCUCAGUGAAUUAACCACCAGUCCUGUGGUAAGGGCCAAUGAAGAUGUGCAAGGAAUAUGGGAGACCCAGGAGCUGGUGGGACAGUGGAAGAAGGGUAGCACUGCAGGAGGCAGCAGGAAUUUUUCCUCUUAUCACCUCAACCCAGCCCUUCCUAUUUUUGUGCCCACUAAAGUCCAUCUGGUGAAGGUGACGUUGCGACAGAAUUGUCCGGAAGACCAGUGUCAUGCGAUUGGGUUCCAUGUGUACUUGGUUCCACAUGACAGCAGUUGCUCCCCAAUUUCACAAGAGCCAUGUGCCAGCUGUGUUCCACAUAGCCAUUCUCAGGAAGUGUCCAAGAUCUGUGACCUAUCUCCUGGGCAAUAUGUUGUUGUGCCUUCCACUUACCUACCUGACCAAGAGUGUGACUUUUUUGUAACUAUUGCUACCAAGAUUGACAGGGCACCUAUCCAUAUCCAGGAGACUCUUGGACAAAUCCUAAAAGAGGUUUCUGUUAUUACAGUGAUGAAGUAACAACAAGAUGUGAAUCUGACCAGACAGCAUUAACACCAUUCCAGCAUUAUUACAAACCUGUUUCCAGGGCCUUCACCAGACAACAUAAUGGAUAUAAGUGAGAAACCGAAGUGAGACAAACAGUACACUUUUCCAUGGAUACUGUAAAUUGUACUCAAUAUCAAUUAAUAUUUAGGUUUUUAACUUGUUCUAGUACAAUGUUUUUCUUGACUCUUGUCAAUCUGUUUUGCGAUGUUAAAAUGAAAUAAAUUGUAUAUUUUUUUUAUAA